AUGAAAAGAUUCAAAGCCCCACUGCCGUUGACAUUCCAUUAUAGUCAGCCAAGUCUACCUUCGACUCUUUUACCAAAGUUCAAGAACCAACAGUGUAGCAAUGACUACAUAAGCUCCCUGUGCAGGCAAAAGCUUUACAAAGAAGCUCUUCAAGCAUUUGAAUUUUUGGAAGGGAACACCAAUUUCCAAAUAUUUCCCAGUACUUAUGCCGAUUUGGUUUCUGCUUGCUCAUUUCUAAGGUCUCUUGACCAUGGUAGGAAAAUCCAUGAUCAUAUUUUGGCAUCCAAAUGUGAGCCAGACAUUAUUCUUUACAAUCACGUUCUUAACAUGUACGGAAAAUGCGGGUCAGUCAAGGAUGCAGGAAAGGUUUUCGAUGCAAUGCCCGAGAGAAAUGUGGUUUCUUGGACUUCACUUAUUUCUGGGCACUCACAGAAUAAGCAAGAGGAUAAAGCCAUUGAAUUGUAUUUUGAAAUGCUGAGAUCAGGUUGCAGGCCUGACCACUUCACGUUUGGAAGCAUAAUAAAAGCUUGCUCUGGUAUGGGCAAUGCAUGGUUGGGGAGACAAGUGCAUGCUCAUGUUCUUAAAUCUGAAACUGGUUCUCACCCUAUUGCACAGAAUGCCCUUACUUCAAUGUACACAAAGUUUGGUCUAAUUGCAGAUGCCUUUGAUGUAUUUUCUCAUGUUCAAAGAAAGGACUUAAUUUCUUGGGGCUCAAUGAUUGCUGGGUUUUCCCAACUUGGUUAUGACAAAGAAUCUUUGGGUCAUUUCAAAGAGAUGCUAUGUGAGGGUGCUUACCAGCCAAACGAGUUUAUAUUUGGAAGUGCUUUUAGUGCGUGUAGCAGCCUUCUUCAACCAGAAUAUGGAAAGCAGAUGCAUGGGAUGUGCAUAAAAUUUGGUUUGGGGAGAGAUAUUUUUGCUGGAUGCUCACUUUGUGACAUGUAUGCAAAAUAUGGGUAUUUAGAAUCCGCAAGAACAGUAUUUUAUCAGAUAGAGAGGCCUGAUUUAGUGUCUUGGAAUGCAAUUAUUUCUGGGUUUUCCAAUGGUGGAGAUGCUAAUGAAGCAAUAUCGUUCUUUUCUCAGAUGCGGCAUAAGGGACUGGUCCCUGACGAAAUUAGUGUUCUCUCCAUACUUUCUGCUUGCACAAGCCCUUCAACACUCUAUCAGGGUAGGCAGGUUCACUCCUACAUUAUCAAAAGGGCAUUUGAUGGUAUUGUUAUUGUGUGCAACGCUUUGUUAACCAUGUAUGCAAAGUGCUCAAAUCUCUAUGAUGCGUUUAUUGUGUUUGAAGAUAUAAGAAACCACACUGAUUCAGUUUCGUGGAAUGCUAUUAUUACCGCAUGUAUGCAACACAACCAGGCUGGAGAAGUUUUCAGAUUGUUGAAGUUAAUGCGUAGUUCUGAAAUUAAGCCUGAUUAUAUUACUUUGAAGAAUGUCAUUGGAGCAUGCGCAAAUAUAGCAUCUCUAGAGGUUGGGAAUCAGAUUCAUUGCUUUACUGUAAAAAGUGGCCUUGUGCUUGAUGUUACUAUCACCAAUGGAUUGAUUGACAUGUAUACAAAAUGUGGAUCACUUGGAAGUGCCCAAAAUCUCUUCGGUUUUAUGGAGAAUCCAGAUGUUGUCUCGUGGAGUAGUUUGAUUGUGGGUUAUGCUCAGUUUGGAUAUGGAGAGGAAGCUCUUGAACUUUUUAAAACAAUGAAAGGAUUGGGUAUAAAACCAAAUGAAGUUACAAUGGUGGGUGUCCUUACUGCUUGCAGUCAUAUUGGGUUGGUAGAAGAAGGGAGGCAAUUGUAUAAGACAAUGGAAUCCGAACAUGGAAUUGUACCUACAAGAGAGCACUGUUCUUGUAUGGUUGACUUACUUGCUCGUGCUGGAUGCUUACAUGAAGCAGAGGCAUUCAUCGAGCAAAUGGAAUUCGAACCGGAUAUUUUGGUAUGGAAGACUCUACUAGCUGCCUGCAAAACCCGUGGGAAUGUUGAGAUUGGAAAACGAGCUGCAGAGAACAUACUAAAAGUAGAUCCCUCCAAUUCUGCUGCUCUUGUGUUACUUUGCAACAUCCAUGCUUCUUCUGGAAGUUGGGUUGAAGUUGCCAGAUUGAGGAACUUGAUGAGAGAAAGGGAUGUUAGGAAAGUUCCAGGUCAGAGCUGGAUUGAGGUUAAGGAUAGGACCCAUGUAUUUUUUGUUGAAGAUAAUCUGCAUCCUGAGAGGGGUAAAAUAUAUGCAAUGCUAGAAGAGUUGUGGUUGCAGAUGCUGGAUGAUGGUUAUGACCCACUUCAGGCGUAGGCUUCAAGUAACAAACUUGAAGUCAACUUAUAUCUAGCGUUUCCAAAAACGAAGGAAAGCGAUACCAGGAUCAUCUGAAAAUUCUAGUCUAUACAAGAUUGCAUCAGUCGAGAAAUGCAGCAUAUCAAUAAGAUAGAUUUUCUGGUUCCCAAAGUUCAAAGCUCAAAACUAUGAACUUCAGAAAGAUGCUUGGUUGGGGACGACGUGUGCAGGUGAGUACAUUACCGUCAGUGUAGUAAGUCCACAAGGACAUGCACUGUUUUACCCGGUUGAGUUGACUAUCUCACUUGUGUUGGUUCUUCUACAACUGUUUAAUGGAUGUACUAG